AUCGAUUGCUGCGGGAGCGGCUCUGCUGCCUGCGCUGCGUCGGCCUGGGGUGGGAGGGUCAGGUCGCCAUCGCGGCAGGAGCAGGCAGGUCCGCAGCUGCCGCAGAAGAUGGACAUUAGGCCCAACCACACCAUCUACAUCAACAAUAUCAACGACAAGAUAAAGAAAGAAGAACUGAAGAGGUCCCUCUAUGCAUUGUUCUCACAGUUUGGUCAUGUGGUUGACAUUGUGGCUUUAAAGACUAUGAAGAUGAGAGGACAGGCUUUUGUUAUAUUUAAAGAACUUGGAUCAUCCACCAAUGCUUUGAGACAACUACAAGGCUUUCCGUUUUAUGGGAAACCAAUGCGCAUUCAGUAUGCAAAAACAGACUCCGAUAUAAUCUCUAAAAUGCGUGGUACUUUUGCUGAUAAGGAAAAAAGGAAGGAAAAGAAGAAGGCCAAAUCUCUGGAGCAGUCAGCAAAUGCAGCAAAUAAAAAGGUUAUCCAGGGAGCAACACAAAAUUCAGCCAGUGCCCCAGGGACUGCAGCACAGAAUCAGCAGGUGCCUGAUAACCCACCAAACUAUAUCCUUUUCCUUAACAACUUGCCUGAGGAAACAAAUGAGAUGAUGCUGUCCAUGUUAUUCAAUCAGUUUCCUGGAUUCAAAGAAGUACGUUUAGUUCCUGGGCGCCAUGACAUUGCAUUUGUGGAGUUUGAGAAUGAGAAUCAAGCAGGAGCUGCUCGAGAUGCUCUCCAAGGAUUCAAGAUUACUCCAUCUCAUGCCAUGAAAAUCACUUAUGCAAAGAAAUAACUGCAUGCUCCUAUAAAGGACUUCUGUAGAUAGUUUUUUUAAUAUAAUGCUCUGAUCAGCUAGCAUGGUGGCUUUUCUCUGCAGGAGAUACAAGACUUCUGUAAAAUUACCAGAACAGAUGUAAGAUUUCUAUGAAUAUGCUGGAUAGAAAAUGUUUGUUUUGUAACACAAAUUUUGAUAAAAUAAAUUCAGUUUAUGCUGUUUUUA